GUAGUCUAGGUAUUAUCGUUAAAUAUUUUGAAUUUGAGGGGGUGUAACUGCUAAAAAUAAAUUCUUGCAUUUGUAAAUUUCGCGUUUGAGCCAUAUCUGAUGCUGUGACAACAAUGAUGUAAGAUUCUUUCACCAUGCUCUAAGCAAAGCACAUAGAUGAAUGUGACAACAAUCUCAAAACUUGUCCUCCCAAAACAACACACUCGCUGUUUCUCAACCUUAUACGACAUAGGAACAUGCAUUACCUCUCUUCAAUCAUGUGCCCAUAACACAAACCUCUCCAAAGGCAAACAACUCCAUUCCCAUUUACUCAAAAAUGGUUUCUUUUCAUCCCCACUCGCCAUCACCAGCCUCAUCAACAUGUACUCCAAAUGCACCCUCAUCGACUAUGCCCUCAAAGUCUUCAACUACCCUACCCAUCAUGACAAAAAUGUGUUUGCUUACAAUUCAAUCAUCGCUGGAUUCGUUUCAAACGGGCUUCCCCAACAUGGGUUUGGUCUUUAUAAGCAAAUGCGCCAUCUGGGUAUUGUUCCUGAUAAAUUUACGUUCCCGUGUGUGAUCAGAGCUUGUGGUGAUUCUGCAGAGGAUUUUGAGGUUAGGAAGAUUCAUGGGUUGUUGUUUAAACUUGGGUUGGAGUUGGAUGUUUUUGUUGGAAGUGCUUUGGUUAAUACUUAUCUGAAAUUUGGAUUGGUGGUGGAUGCAUAUGAGGUGUUUGAGGGAUUGCCUGUUAGAGAUGUUGUGCUUUGGAAUUCGAUGGUUAAUGGGUAUGCGCAGAUUGGAUGCUUUGAAGAGGCGUUGUGGAUGUUUAGGAGGAUGGCGGAAAAUGGGGUGGUUCCUUGUAAAUUUACAGUUACUGGUGUUUUGUCUAUAUACUCUGUGAUAGGAGACUUAGACAAUGGACGAGUUGUUCAUGGGUUUGUUACGAAAAUGGGUUAUGCGUCUAGUGUUGUUGUUUCGAAUGCACUGAUUGAUAUGUAUGGGAAAUGUAAAUAUGCCAGUGAUGCACUGCGUGUGUUUGAGGUUAUGGAUGAGAAGGAUAUCUUUUCAUGGAACUCGAUUAUAUCGGUUCACCAACGGUGUGGUGAUCAUUAUGGAACUUUGGGGCUUUUUGAUAGGAUGCUAGGCAAUAGGGUUCAGCCUGAUUUGGUUACAGUUACAGCAGUACUUCCAGCUUGCACGCAUCUAGCAGCUUUGAUGCAUGGUAGAGAGAUACAUGGGUAUAUGAUUGUAAAUGAGUUGGGGAAGGAAGGAGGAACCAACGAGUUUGAUGAUGUUCUAUUGAAUAAUGCUUUGAUGGACAUGUAUGCAAAGUGCGGAAAUAUGAGAGAUGCUCGCAUGGUUUUUGAUAUCAUGACGGAGAAAGAUGUUGCCUCAUGGAACAUUAUGAUCACUGGUUAUGGAAUGCAUGGUUAUGGCGACGAGGCAUUAGAUAUAUUUUCUCGUAUGUGUCAAGCUCAAUUGGCACCAAACGAAAUCAGUUUUGUUGGAUUGUUAUCUGCAUGCAGCCAUGCUGGCAUGGUGAAGGAAGGGCUUGAGUUUCUGGCAGAAAUGGAUUCAAAAUUUGGUGUAUCUCCAUCUAUUGAACACUACACCUGUGUGAUUGACAUGCUUUGUCGAGCAGGGAAACUCAUGGAGGCUUAUGAUUUAAUGCUAACAAUGCCCUUUAAGGCUGAUCCUGUCGGAUGGAGGGCUUUGCUAGCAGCAUGCCGUGUCCACAAGGAUACAGACUUGGCUGAGAUCGCGGCAAGUAAAGUAAUUGAACUCGAGCCAGGUCAUUGUGGAAAUUAUGUGUUGAUGUCAAAUGUUUAUGGAGUGGUGGGUCGAUACGAAGAAGUAUCUGAGUUGAGACACACAAUGAGGCAACAAAAUGUGAAGAAGAGACCUGGUUGUAGCUGGAUCGAACUCAUGAAUGGCGUGCAUGUAUUUAUAACGGGUGACAGGACCCAUCCCCAGACUGAUUUUAUCUAUGCUGGCUUAAAUUCAUUGACAACAGUUUUGCAACAGCAUGGGUAUGUCCCGUUGGUCUAGAAGCAUUUGCAAAGAAAGCUUAGGCAUGAAUACAUGUUUCAGAUGUGCAACCUUGGUUCACCAUCGAACAACAUUAGCUCACCAUCUAAUAUAUGGCAGAACUUUACAAUAUAUUCAUUGUAGAGGAAUAUUCAGAACAAGGAUUUUGGUAAACAUAGCCACUUGCUGGCACCUUGUUUUUAUGAUCAGAACCAUUUUAUUUAACAUUUUGUUGAACUUAGUUAUGGCAGUCAUUGAAUUUGGAACUAGAUUUUUCCCAUUCUUUACAUACAUACAAUAGCACUUGAUGUAAAUAUGUUUCACACAUAAAGCAGGAUUUCUUAGCCUAAAUUGAAGGCUAAAACAUACAUAGGUGAAUAAAGAACAGGAGAUUGAAAGAUCAUACCAAUUGGAAAACAAACUUAACGACAUUAACUUUAUGGGUAAUAACAGAAAAUGAUCCAUCUCUUGGUAAAUAUUGAAGACGAAUACUAGGCAGAGUUGCACCUGCUGAGGUUCUCUGUCUCUAUAUUCACAGGAAGCAAUUGUUAUAAAUUAUAAUAUUAAAAAAUUGUUUUAUAUUAUUUCUGUUUGUGAUGCAAGAAAAUGAUCUCCAAUGGUCUGUCAUUUUUUCCUUGCAUCACAUUGUUGUAGAUCAUAGUAGUAGUCUGUUCCAACAUUGAGACAUAUGAGUUAAUUUGCAGCUGUGAUUUUAACUUGUAAACUGUUCUUUCACUGUAUUUUUUAGUAAUUGUUGAGGCUUCUGCCAUAGGUCAAAAGGUCAUACAAAAGAUAAAUGCAGAAUUGAGCUCAACAAGUUAUCUUUUCGACCCGCCAGAGGUCACACAAAAAC